AUGGACGAAGAUUCAAAAGUCAGUUUAAGGAAACAAAUUGUCAACAAGAUUAAUCGGGAAGAGGAUCGCUCUCAACAAAUCCGUCAAAGAAUUUCUGAGAUUCCCUCAGCAGCAGGUUCCAUAUCUGGCAACAUUGAGAGCAACGAUACAGCCGACCACUUGAAAGUCUUUUCGCCUGUUGUUUUCUCAGAAACUCCAGACGUUUCUACCAAGGAGGAGUAA